UAAUAGCCUUAGCAAUUCACUCACUAUCACUUUCAAUACCUCCGGUACAUGGGAAACAUGAAUUUUUACCUUGUCCUCACAUUUGGUGUUGUCCUAGUUCAUCAGAUGUCUGAGGCUAUGUUUCCUAUCUUCUUUGACUGUUGCACAGAAGUAGCCCAUCACAUCCCCAGAAGGUGGUUAAGAAGAGUGGUGAACUUUGAGAUCCAAAAGAGUGGUGAUUUAUGCAAAAUACCAGCUGUGAUCCUUCACACCAGACGCAAAAAGGUGUGUGCAAGUUCACUGAAUAAAAAUGUGAAGAAAUGGAUGAAGCAGAUGACCAGGUGUUGCCAGAGAACCGGUCCAGAGAUCUGGAGGAGAACGAAACUCAAAAGGGGGAGGAAAGCUAUGAGGAAACGUAACAUAAUUGCCAAGUGCCAAUGCUAGACCAAGAAAGAUCCUACCAUCUGUACAAUGUAAUAAAUAUAACAAAAGUCUCAAAA